UUUUCAGGACAGAAAGUUCAUUCUGUAUUACCGCUAGUAUGUGGAAAUACUUACCAGUUGACUAGUCCAAUAGCAAUAAUUUAAUUCAAUUCAAUGUUUUUGGCUCCACCCCACUCCUGUAUGUCAUCUCUCCAAAAUAUAAUGAAUUGUUCAUAUUUACUCUCUAAAAACCCAAUCAUUGGUCAACAAUAACAUGUUUUCUCUCUUUUGAUCUCCAUUGCCAGACAAGAAUUCCACCCCCAUUACCUUCCAAAUCUUCCAAGAAUUGAUGGCAUCAUCAUCUUCUCCUUCUGAGAGUAAUUCACAGUAUUCAUGUCCUCAACAGAAGUGCAAGUACGAUGUCUUUCUAAGUUUUAGAGGCUUAGAUACUCGCAAUAAUUUUACAAGUCACUUGUACAAAGCUUUGACAAACAGGGUAAUACUCACCUUUCUAGAUGAUGAAAGUCUAGAGAGUGGUGAUACCCUCUGGAUAGAACUAGAGAAAGCUAUGGAAGAGUCUCAAGUUGCUGUAAUCAUUUUCUCAAAAAAUUAUGCUACAUCGAGUUGGUGCUUGGAUGAACUAGUGAAGAUUAUGAAAUGCAAGGAAGAUAAUGGACAAACAGUCAUACCAGUCUUCUAUGAUGUGGAUCCAUCACAUGUUCGAUACCAAAGUGAGAGCUUUAAAGAAGCCUUUGCCAGACACGAAUCGAGGUAUACGGAUGAGAAGAUCGAAGGAUGGAGGACUGCUUUAAUUGCUGCUGCAAAUAUAAAAGGACACAAUAUCCGUGAUAGGAAUGAAGCACACUUUAUUGAGGAUCUUGUUAAUGAAAUUUGGCCCAAAUUAUGCACGACUUCUUUAUCUUCUUUGAAAGAUAUUGUGGGAAUAGAUGCUCAUUUAGAGAAAGUCAACUCCCUUCUAGAGAUGACAAUCAAUGAUGUCCGGAGGGUGUGGAUCUGGGGAAUUGGGGGAGUUGGUAAAACGACAAUAGCAAGAGCUAUUUUUGAUAUACACUCAUCUAAAUUUGAUGGUGCUUGUUUCCUUCCGGUCAGUAAAGAAAACAAGCAUGAAAUACAUUCUCUGCAAAGUAUUCUUCUCUCUAAACUGGCAGGGGGAAAAGAAAAUUGUGUGCUUGAUAAGGAGGACGGGAGGGACUGGAUGGCUCGUAGACUUUGUAGGAAGAAGGUUCUAGUUGUGCUUGAUAACAUAGAUCAUGAUGACCAACUGAAAUACCUUGCAGGGGAUCUUGGUUGGUUUGGCAAUGGCAGCAGAAUAAUUGCAACAACUAGGGACAGGCAUUUCACAAGGAAAACUGAUGCUGUAUAUCGUGUGACUACACUACUUGAACAUGAUGCAGUUAAGUUGUUCAACCAAUAUGCCUUCAAAGAUGAAGUUCCAGAUAAGUGUUUCGAGGAGAUGACGUUGGAGGUAGUACGUCAUGCUCAAGGCCUUCCUUUAGCCCUGGAAGUGUGGGGUUCUUCCUUUCGUGAGAAGAAUAUUAUUAGGUGGAGAAGUGCUGUUAACGGAUUAAAGAAAAACUUUAAUUCAAAAAUUCUUGGAAUACUCAAAGUAAGUUAUGAUGGGUUGGAGCCCAAAGAACAAGAGAUAUUUCUAGAUAUUGCAUGCUUCUUAAAAGGGAGAGAACAAACCAAGAUCAAAGAAAUUCUAGAGAGCUGUGAUUUUGAAGCUGCUGAUGGAUUGGGGGAGUUAAUUGACAAAUCUCUUGUGUUCAUCUCUGAAAAAGAUACGAUUGAAAUGCAUGACUUAAUACAAAAGAUGGGCAAACACAUAGUGACAGUGCAAAGGGAAGAACUCAGCAGACUAUGGCUCACUGAAGAUUUCGAAGAAUUCUCAAAAGCAAGUAUACAAGGGGCCAGGUCAAUUGAAGCAAUCUGGGUACAAGAAAUUCAAUACCUAAGCUUUAGGGAAAACGCCAUGAAUGCUGUGAAAAACCUUAGGAUAUUAUACAUCAAUGGUUUUAAUACACAUGAUGGCUCCAAUGAUCAGUACCUUCCCAGCAAGUUGCGUUGGUUUGACUGUUGUAAAUAUCCUUGGGAAUCAUUGCCAGAAAAAUUUGAUCCUGACAAGCUUGUUCAUCUUGAUCUCCAGCAGAGUUCACUGCUUCAUUUAUGGACUGAAACAAAGAAAUUUCCUUCCCUACGGAGGCUAGUUCUCAGCGGCUGUGAAAACCUCAGGGGAACACCAGAUUUCACGGAUAUGCCAAAUUUAGAGUAUUUGGGUCUGGAAGAGUGUAGUAAUCUUACGACGGUUCACCAUUCCCUAAAAGAUUCCAAAAAACUCAAGAAGUUAAAUUUGAGAGAUUGUAAAAGGCUUGCGACAUUUGAAUUUGUCAGCGGGGUGUCUCUUGAAUAUCUAGAUAUACAAGGUUGCUCUGGUUUAGAGAAAUUUCCAAGCAUCAAGGAAAAAGGGAAGCGGAAGAAAAGGAUUCAUGUGCAAUGCUCUGGGUUAAGUGAACUACCAUCAGCUAUGAUUGAGCACCAAUCUAGUCUUACAAAUCUAGAUUUGAGUGGCAUGAAAAACCUUGAAAAACUUUCACGCAGCAUUGGCAAGUUGAAACAUUUGGUGAUGCUAAAAGUGUCCUACUGCUCAAAACUCAGUAGCUUGCCAAAAGAGAUAGGUCAUUUAGAAAACUUGGAGGAGCUUGAUGCCAGCUAUACUCUAAUUUCACAACCUCCGUCUUCCAUCUUCCGCUUGAACAAGCUUAAAUUAUUGACUUUUGCAAAACAAAAAUCAGAAGCAGGCCUCGAAGAUGGAGUGCACUUUGUCUUCCCUCCGGUGAAUGGAGGGCUACACUCAUUGGAAGAUCUGGAUCUCAGUUACUGCAAUUUAUUAGAUGGAGGACUUCCGGAAGACAUUGGAUCCUUAUCCUCUUUGAAAGAGUUGAAUCUCAGCUACUGCAAUAUAAUAGAUGGAGGACUUCCGGAUGACAUUGGAUCCUUAUCCUCUUUGAAAAAGUUGAAUCUCAGGGGAAAUAACUUUGAGCAUUUGCCUCAAGGCAUGGCCCGACUUGGUUCUCUUCAGUCGUUGAACUUAUUAGAUUGCAAGAGUCUUACACAGCUGCCAGAAUUUAUACCGCAAUUAGGCACAAUAUAUGCCGAUCGGAGAAAUGAUUCGAUCUAUAAUUCGUUGUUUCAUAAUAUCUCAUCAUCAUCAGUGCCGGGCUCAAGAUCUUUGCUCAGGAGGUUCGAAGUAUAAAUAAGAAGUUAAGGUGGUAAUGUAAGUGCGCGGUGAGCGUAGUUGCCGAGGAACAAAGAUGCAUUGAUAAGAAUUUUAGUGGAUCGACUGUAUUACAUAAGUUAAUUCCUAAAACACGUGAAAAUUAAAUGAUGAAAAAGGGAGUGAGACAGGGAAUUGUGCUAAAUUUAACUCACUUUAUUAUAGCGUAUUAAACAUGUCUUUUUACUUUUAUCAUGCUC